UUCCACCUUGGAGAGGAGUGGAAGAAACUGGCUGUCUGGAAGCUGCCUCCUUCCAAGGAAACUGACGGCCUGGAGUCUGCCCUCAAGACUGAGCUGCACUUGUGCUCUGCUACUUCGAAGGAAGGUAUCAGCACAGGGCCACUAUUGCCCAGUGUCUUGCAGGCUCUCUCCAUCCUUGGGGAACUCAACACCAAGAUCAAGUUUUUCAGUAAAGUGCUCCUGAAGUACGUUCUGAAGCCCUUGAUCAUGUUUCCUUCCCUCCACCCUGUGGUGAACGAGCAGGCUGGACAGAGUGUGGUCCUGAGCUUUCACUGCAUGGACACCAAGCUGGAGCACCCCCCUCCUUCCACAGUUUACCUCAAACUAAACACUGUGCUGGAGCAGCUCCACAAGCACCUGUUUGAUGUUCCUCUUAGUGAGCCGGUAGAAAGAAGUGGCAAAGAGUUAAGUGUUACCCUGUCUGAGGUGCUGGGUGAUCUGAUAUGGGAAGAAAUGUCAGACUGCAUCAUAAGAGAGUGUUUGGUGUACUCCAUACCAGCAAACAGCAACCAGCUGGAACAGUACGAAGAGGUGGGAUAUACUGGAUUGAAGUCCUCUAAAACGCUGAAGGAAAUGCAUUUUCUAAAGGGCGACAGCACCGACCUGCUGAAGUAUGCCAGGAAUGUCAAUUCCCACUUUGCCAGCAAGAAAUGCCAGGAUGUGAUUGUGGCAGCCCGGAAUCUGAUGACCUCAGAAAUCCACAACACUGUGAAGAUUUCUCCAGAGUCCAAAGUCAUUAUACCCAAACUGCCCAAUCCCGGUACUGGGGACAAGGUGAAAAUGGAGAAAGCUUCAAAGACUCUUCAUAAUGAGAUGAGGAAUCUGGAGAACGAACGGCAGCUGGACCAGCACACCUUCUCCCUGCCUGUCUGCCGCAUCAGUGACUCAGUGCAGAAACUCAUGGAAUUGGCCUACCAGACCCUUUCUGAGGCUGUCGUCAGCACCCACCAGUGUGCGGUCCAACUUUUCUACACAGUUCGAAACAUUUUCCAGUUGUUCUACGAUGUUGUGCCGACCUACCACAAAGAAAACCUGCUGAAGCUGCCCCAGCUGGCUGCCAUUCAUCACAACAACUGCAUGUUCAUCGGACACCACCUGCUGACUCUGGGCCACCAGUUCAGACACCACCUCCCCCAGCCCCUGUGCGAUGGGGCUGCUACCUUCGUAGACCUGGUGCCAGGCUUCAGGAGACUCGGGACGGAGUGCUUCUUGGCACAGAUGCGGUCUCAGAAAGCUGAGCUGCUGGAGAGAUUGUCAACUGCAAGGAAUUUUUCAAACCUGGACGAUGAGAGCAAUUACUCAGCUGCCAGCAAAGCUGUCCGCCAGGUGAUUCACCAAUUGAAGAGGCUGGGUAAAGUUUGGCAAGACGUCCUUCCUGUCAACAUUUACUGCAAAGCGAUGGGGACGCUGCUGAACACCGCUAUUGCAGAGGUCAUUAACAAAAUCACCAUGCUGGAGGACAUCUCUACCGAAGAUGGAGACCGACUUUAUUCCCUUUGCAGGACCAUCACAGAGGAAGGACCCCAGGUGUUUACACCACUGCCUGAGGAAAGCAAGAACAAGAGAUAUCAGGAGGUUGUUCAUGUGUACGUUCAGAAAUGGAUGACUUUCAAGGAGCUCAUGAUAGUCUUACAGGCCAGUCUGCAGGAGAUUGUGGACAGGUGGGCUGAUGGGAAGGGGCCUCUCGCUGUCGAAUUCUCCACCAAUGAGGUGAAGAGCCUGAUCCGAGCCUUGUUCCAGAACACGGACCGGCGAGCCGUAGCACUGUCCAAAAUCAAAUAGCCUCUCGCAGCUCUCCACUCGCGGGGUCCUGCUGUUUAUGUAAAUAGCUUUUCUGUACUUUAGCAACACUAUUCUUGCAAUGGGCUUAUUUUUGUUAUAUAAGAAAAUGUACCUAAUUCAAUAAAACCCUGGACUUAGUCUUCUA